AUGAAAGCGAAAUUGAAAGGCGCACAGACCGGUCAUAGUCUAUUGAAGCGUAAAAGUGAGGCGCUCACAAAACGAUUCCGAGUUAUAGUGCAAAAAAUUGACGAGGCAAAGAAAAAAAUGGGAAAAAUCAUGCAAACUGCGUCUUUUUCCCUUGCUGAGGUUAAUUACAUCACUGGUGAUAUCAGUUAUCAAGUUCAGGAAAAUGCGAAAAAUGCACAAUUACGCGUGCGUACAAAACAGGAAAACGUGUCUGGUGUCAUGCUGCCAGCGUUUGAGAAUUAUAUGGAGGGCGGAAAUGCCUUUGAGUUAACUGGUCUUGGUCGUGGAGGUCAACAGGUUCAAAAAUGCAAAGAAACUUACAUCAAAGCUGUUGAAACCUUAGUAGAAUUAGCUUCAUUACAGACAGCUUUCGUAAUUUUGGACGAAGUGAUCAAAGUGACGAAUCGGCGUGUGAAUGCAAUUGAACAUGUGAUUAUACCAAAAAUAGAAAACACAAUAAAGUAUAUCAUUUCAGAAUUGGAUGAACAGGAUCGUGAAGAGUUCUUUAGAUUAAAAAAGGUGCAGGCAAAUAAGAAAAAAACCCAAGCUGCCUCGGAUAAGGAAAAAGCUGAUCUAGAUGUCUCAGAUCAGGAUGGCAUUGGCAAAACCGUCGAUAUCCUAAGAGUCGCGGAUGAUGAGGAUAUUAUCUUUUAG